AUGGCGCCCGAUGAUGCUAUCCUCACCGCUGAGCAAUCAGAUCCGCACAGUCGAUCUUCCAUGUCCGGCUCACCCCUGGCCCAAGCAUCCAUCGCUCGAGAUCUGGCCCAGUAUGCGGACGACGAAGGCUCCGAUUCCCCUGACGAUGACUCACAAUCGGACGCAUCAACGAUGCGUCCGGUGAAUAACGUGCUAGGCACGACCCCUCAUUCCUUGGCCAGCUCAUAUCGUCGACCCAGUUUCUUCACGGCUGGGCCUCGUGGCACCGUCGUUCCUCACUCUGUCGACCAAGACCAACCUCUGUCUCGUCACGAGAGAGAGCAGGCUCUUGAAGAAGAGAGGGAUCUCUUGAGUGAUAACAACAUCAUCCCAUCGGAUCGCUCCCGGAUGGAUACUGGCAGCAAUCUGCAAAAGAAGAUCAGUGCCACCUUUUUGCAGAGGCCUUCUGUCAAUCGAGCGGUUGAUGAGGAGGCUGAGGCCCCCAGCAAUGGUCUGCGAGACAAUGCCCCUCCGACAGAGACGACGUCCCUGCUAAGAGGUUCGGAUCGUGCUGGUCCCGCUGACCAGUCCGAACUUGACAGACAAUGGGAGGAAGCUGUGAUGGCAGGCCUGAUCCAAACCAGCUGGAAGAGGGAAGCACAGGUCAUCAGCAAAUAUUCGAUCCCCCUCAUGGUGACCUUUCUACUCCAGUACUCAUUGACAGUUGCCAGUGUCUUCGCAGUAGGCCAUCUGGGCACGGCCGAAUUGGGUGCAGUGAGCUUGGCCAGUAUGACGGUCAGUAUCACCGGUUCUGCAGUUUACCAGGGCCUUGCCACCAGCUUGGAUACGCUGUGUGCGCAAGCAUAUGGGUCGGGAAAGAAGAAGCUGGUCGGGCUGCAAAUGCAGCGAAUGAUCUAUUUUCUCUGGGUCGUCACGAUCCCAAUAGCCAUUCUGUGGCUCCUUUCAGACAAGAUCCUGGUGACUAUCAUACCCGAAAAAGAGGUUGCCAUGCUCGCAGGCCGAUAUUUAAAGGUGGUCAUUUUGGGGGCGCCUGGAUAUGCAUGCUUUGAGAGCGGCAAACGAUUUGUCCAGGCACAGGGCAUUUUCACCGCAUCUCUGUAUGUGCUUCUAAUCUGUGCACCGUUGAAUGCCUUGUUGAAUUGGUUCUUCGUUUGGAAACUUGAAUGGGGCUUCAUUGGUGCCCCCAUUGCCGUGGCCAUCACACAAAAUCUUCUGCCAUUAUUCCUAUUCCUUUACGUUUACUUCGUAGCUGGUCGCGAGUGCUGGAAUGGUUUUACGUGGAGAGCUCUACAGAACUGGGGGCCCAUGAUCCGCCUUGCUCUUCCGGGACUCAUCAUGGUUGAAGCUGAAUGUCUCGCCUUUGAGCUUCUGACGCUGGCAUCUUCCUACCUGGGAACGACGGUUCUUGCGGCGCAAUCCAUUCUGAGCACCAUUACUACCCUCACCUUCCAGGUUCCAUUCCCCUUGUCAAUCGCCGGUAGUACCCGAGUCGCGAACCUGAUCGGCGCCACCCUCGUUGGUGCCGCUCGUACCGCGGCGAAGGUCAGCUUGAGCGGUGCCGUCAUUGUCGGCUUGAUGAAUAUGACCUUACUUUCUUCAUUGCGUUCAUAUAUCCCACGGCUCUUCACGUCAGACGACGAAGUGAUUGCGAUGGUCGCAAGGGUCCUACCUCUUUGCGCAGCUUUCCAGCUCUUCGAUUCCCUUGCCGCUAACUGCAACGGGAUCCUGCGUGGACUGGGCCGGCAGGAAAUUGGAGGCUAUGUGCAAGUUUUCUGCUACUACGCGGUUGCGAUGCCGAUCAGCAUGGGGACCACCUUUCUGCUCAAUUGGUCCCUCAUGGGCUUAUGGAGCGGGGUCGCCAUCGCGCUUUUCCUCGUCGUCUGCAUCGAGGGUGUCUUCCUCAGCCGGACGAGCUGGCAGCGAUCCGUUGACGAGGCUCGCAAGCGCAACGCCAUGGGCUAG